AUGUUGAGCCGCGCCGUUCUUCGAACGAGGCCUAGCCUCCUCGCCUCUGCUGCCCGGGCUUCCCGAGUUCCAGCUGUCUCUACACAGUGGUCCCGGUCCUACGCCAAGGGCAAGGGCAGUCCAUAUGACCUUCCCAAAUCAUCUAAUUCAAAGAAGCCCAAGACUGCUCCUGAGGCCUCACAAAACCAACACGCGAAAGAGCAACCCGAGUUCGAUACCAAGGCCAAGCCAAGCGCCGACGCCGCAGAGUCAAACGCUGCCGACUCUGAACAAAUUCCCAACCAGCCCUUACCCGACCUAACCCAGGGUAUUCCCUCCACAUUGGCUGCCGAAUUGGAAGGCCGCACGAAGAAAGGAAACACAUCACAGCUGAACCUCACUGAGGAUCCCACUCAAUCGGAGGAGUACAGCGAGGAACGCGGUGGCGGUGAAUACUCCAAGAGCGGAUAUGAGACUUCUUUGGACCGCCGCAAGGCCCGCAUGGCUAACAUCAUGUACGCCUUGAUGUUGGCCUCGGGUAUCGCCGGUAUGGGCUACCUAGGCCGCAACUGGGAAUCAGACGAGGAGGAGCGCGCUCACACCGAUCACCCAUCAGGCUGGGGUCUGGGUCUCUGGUGGAACCGUGUCAAGGCCCGUACUGGUGACCUCACCAGCUACUACAAGGACCCUGCUUUCCCCAAGCUGCUUCCCGAUGAGGACCCUACCAUGCGCCAGCCAUAUACCCUUGUUCUGAGUAUGGAGGAUCUGCUUGUUCACAGCGAGUGGAGCCGUGAGCAUGGAUGGCGUGUUGCCAAGCGCCCUGGUGUCGACUACUUCCUUCGCUACCUCAACCAGUACUACGAGCUUGUUCUGUUCACCAGUGUGCCUAGCAUGAUGGCUGAUCAGGUUCUCCGCAAACUCGACCCCUACCGUAUCAUUCGCUGGCCCCUCUUCCGUGAAGCUACUCGCUACAAGGAUGGAGAGUAUAUCAAGGACCUUUCAUACCUGAACCGUGACCUAUCGAAGGUUAUUCUCCUUGACACCAAGGAGGAGCACGCCCGCCUGCAGCCCGAGAACGCCGUCGUGUUGGACAAGUGGACUGGUGACCCCAAGGACAAGACCCUGGUCGCCCUGAUUCCGUUCCUUGAAUACCUUGCCGGUAUGGGCGUGGAGGACGUCCGUCCCGUUCUGAAGUCAUUCGAGGGCUCUGACAUCCCGGUCGAAUUCACCAAGCGCGAGAAGGCUAUGCGCGAACGCUUCGAAAAGGAGCUCGCCGAGGAGAAGAAAAAGAAGCCCUCCCUGAGCAUGGGUAGCGUUGCCUCUGCUUUGGGUCUGAAAUCCAACCGCACCCUGGAUGGCGAAGUCAGCCCCUCUGAGGGUCUUGCCCAGGGUAAGAUGCUGUGGGAUCAGAUCCGCGAGCGUGGCCAGAAGAACUUCGAGCUUAUCGACAAGGAGAUCCGUGAGAACGGUGAGAAGUGGCUUGCUGAGAUGGCUGCUGAGGAGGAGAAGGCUCGUCAAGAGCAAAUGCAGAGCAUGAAGGGCUCCUUCACUGGAAUGUUCGGUGCUGGUGGUGACAAGCAGUAA